CUCACACCAUUCCCCAGAGACCUAAGCAAGAUAUCACUUCAUCAUGGUCAAAUUCACACUCUCCUUCUCAGAGGCGCAAGCCCAAGGCACAGCUCGCAUCUUCGCCGCAACGCACCUAGCCAGCGCAGCCGCCACCUACACCCAUCUCCCCACCCCAGAAGCCCGAUUCCAGUCCCUCCGAUCGAUUUAUGAAGUCGCCGUCAAGAACGGCUUGCUUACGGCUCAGGUAUCCUCGGCAGUGGGCGGAUCCAGUAAAAAUAUACUGGAAGCGGCUCUUCUGGUGGAGGAGUUCUAUGCCGUUGAGGCGUCGGCAUCGUUGACUAUUUUUGGUACCGGGCUGGGAUUGACUCCGUUGGCUUUGGCGUAUAGGCCUGAGGUGCAGGAGUUUCUAGCUCCGUUUCUGUCGAAGACGGGGUCGCCUUUGGCUUCGUUGGUGUUUUCGGAGCCGGGUGGGGUGGCGAAUUGGCUUGAGCCUGGAGCACCGGGGCUGCAGACUAAUGCGAAUCGUGAUGGGGAUGAAUGGGUUCUGAAUGGAGAAAAGAUGUGGGCGACAAACUCAGCCGGGUGGGAUUUUCAAGGCGCUGAUCUGAGCUGUGUGGUGUGUCGGUGCAUUGACGAGGAUGUUGUCGCCCAGGCAUCUUGUCCGAGCGAUCUUAUCAUGAUUGUUCUUGUCACUCGUGCUGAUAUCGAUCGGAACCCGGUGGGAUCGUUCCAUGUUGUCAAGCAUGUGGAAACGGCGGGGCAUGUUGCGGUCUCUGGACCUCAUAUAAAGUAUACCAACCUGCGAGUGCCCGCCAAGAACGUCCUUUGUGCUCCUGGUACAGGCGCACAGAUCGUGACGCAGUCGUUUGAUAUUUCCGCAAUGCUGGUCGGAGCAAUGGGAACCGGCAUCCAACGAGCCGUGUUCGAUGCAGCCCUGGAAUUCUCCCGCGAUACCCGUCGAGGCACGAUGCCAAUCGGUCAACGCCAAUCGGUGGCAGAUCGCCUGAUCGAUAUUAAGAUGCGGACGGAGACAUCCCGACUGCUGACAUGGAAGGCCGCCAAUUGUCUGCUUUCGGGGCCUGGUGAACAGGCAGAGCGCCGGGAACCUGCCCUUCUUGCGAAAAUAUAUUCGUCCGAUGCGGCGGUGCAAUCGUGCAUUGAUGCGAUGAAUGCCGUUGGGGUGUCUGCAUAUAACGUGGAAUUACCAUUUGCAAGCUUACUCUCGACAGCGCUGGCGCUGCCCAUCUUCGAUGGGGGAAACGUUGGCAUCCGGAGACGCGCCGUGCAGAGCAUGUUUAUGGAUGAAGGGUAUCGGCCCUGGGAGACGGCCUUUCGCCUGAAUCCGGAUGAAGAAGUGGAUGCCGAGGAGGCAGCAACGCUCAGCCAAUUCAUGUUUUGAGGAUGGAGUGGGAAUGAUAUUGCAGAUUCUGGUGUAGAUGUGCUUCCUCCAAGAUUGCACGAGCGAUGUCUAUUUCAUAUAUCUUGCAGUAUCUUUCUCUGAUCACAUUUUCAUACCUGCAUCCCGUUAGAAAACACAAGUAAUGUUCCACACCACUUUACCAU